GUCACUUUUACCAUCUAAAACAUGUUUUCUCCCACCAAAGACUCAGAGUUAACAUAUUUGGAACACAUUCAACAAUACCUUCUUCAUGAUGAUUCUAACAUUCUUACAUCACAUCAACAAAUUCAAAGCCCUAAUAAUAAUUCAAACACAACUGCAUCCGCUCAUGAAGUGCGCGCGCCUCCCACAUGGAAGCGCUAUAGGGGUGUGAGGCGUAGGCCGUGGGGGAAAUUUGCAGCGGAGAUAAGAGAUCCAAAGAAAAAUGGUGCUAGGGUUUGGCUUGGCACUUAUGUGACCGAGGAGGAAGCAGGUUUGGCUUACGACAAAGCAGCUUUCAAGAUGCGAGGCCGAAAGGCCAAGCUCAAUUUUCCCCAUCUCAUUGGCUCUGACGUAUUUACAGAGCCAAAGAUGGAGGUGACUUUGAAACGGGAAUCGCCGGAGCCUUCUUCUUCAUCGGAAGAUAGUUGUGAGUCAUCAUCACAAGGGUCAAAGAGGAAGAGGGGUAUGGUUAAUCUACUUAACAAAUUAGCCAAAAAUAGAAGUCAAGCCAUGGUGGUAGAAAAUAAAAUGGCUUCACAAGCAAAUGAUGUUGAGCAAUGGGUGAAUGAGUUGAAUGAUUUCUCUCUAAUAUGGUGUUCUUAGAUAGCUAUAGCUCCUAAGUUUUUUAUUGUUUUUGCUGUGUGUGCAGUUGCUCCUAAUAAGCUUAAGACAGUUUUUGCAUUACCCAUGAUGUUAUUCAAUGGGUGAUGUUUAAGCAAA